UUAAUUUUUAUAUAAUUUAAUUAUAGCUUACUAAACAUAAUAGGAUUGAAAGUUCCAUGCUGGACUAAAUUCCAUCAGAAUAGAAUUUAUUUUUUAUUUUUUAUUUUUUCACUUAAUAUUUGUUUUGAAAAUACUACGUAAAUUAAAUGAGUGCUUAAAGUUUGAAUCUUACCUUAGCUAUGAAUGAAUCAUUAUCUAACAGAUGCCACCAUUCCUAACGUUUCCUACGGCUAUGGAUUCCUAAAUUUUGUUUACUAUGAGUGUCCAGAAUUGGUCAUCGCCUCAUCAAGAAAAUAGCUCACCCAUACUUUUUAGAAAAGUUUGAUCCUUAUUCAUUGCGAGAAAGUGCCGUUGUCAAAUCUUUCUUAGGUUUGAAGCAAGAAGACACGUAGCUAAGGCUACUGCCAAAGACAACAAGUCCUUUAAUCUUCUUCCAUCAGAAUUUUCUACUUUAUAAAUAAGUUCUCUCAGAUUCUAAAAGAGAAAUGUACAAAGCCAAAUUCUAGUAAAGGUGGAGUCAGAAACACGAAAUUAUGCUUCUUUCUAUGGAAUCGGAAUUUCUGUAAUUCCUACAGUUUUAACCCCUUAUAUCCAUGUACCUAAGGCCCGUCAGGCAGUAGAAGUUGGUCACUCACACAGCCAACCUUCAAGGGCUUGCUAAGUAGACCACGUAUAGUAAGUUCCCCAGUCUCCAGGUUUGAACACCCACAGCAAUUUACCAAGAACCCAUUAAGAGAUAAGGAAUAAUUGGUCACUCAUAUAAUCCAAUUCUCAUUUGUCAACCCUGGCCUCAAAGUUCAUAUAAAAGCUAGAUUUCUUUCUCCUAAUUCCAUUAAGCUAAUCAAAACCAGACUUUUUUCUCCUUAACUCCAUCAAGCUAAUCAAACUCCAGUAGUUACAGGAUAUCUUGACAUUUAGCAGGCAUUUCCAGAGACCCAAUGCAACACAGAGAGAUGGCGAUGAAUUUGGCUCUGAUAUUAGUGGGUAUGUUAUGGGCAAGAGCCAUGGCUCAGUCUAGUUGUUCGAGCGUCAUAAUAAGCAUGUCACCAUGCCUGAAUUACGUCACAGGGAAUUCCUUAACACCAUCUUUACAGUGCUGCACACAACUUUCUAUUGUCGUUCACUCUUCCCCCCAAUGCUUGUGUGAGGUUAUAAAUGGUGGUGGCUCAUCACUUGGGAUAAACAUCAAUCGGACACAGGCUCUAACCUUACCUGGUGCUUGCAAUGUUCAAACUCCACCCAUUAGCCGCUGCUAUGCUACAUCUCCAGCUGCCUUUCCAACAGGAACACCAGAAGUUCCAGGUACACCUUCAGGAACUGGAUCUAAAACUGCGCCAUCAGAAAAGAAUGGUCCCGGAAAAUCAAGUGGAAGCCCGAUCAAAUUGUCAAUCUCGCUGCUCGCUUUUGCUCUAUUUGCAGCUUCAUAUGUUUCAACCUUCAUGACAUACUGACUUUCUGAUCAACUAGUCCACCUUCCACAAUUUCCCAAUCUUGCAUACUCCUAGCUAUUAUUGUGCAUAUAAUUUAUCAUUGAUUUCCCUUUGGAUGGGGCGUGUGCGUUUUAUUUAUUUUUCAUGAUCUUAUCUGAGAUUGGUGUAGUUUGACUUCUUGCUCUCUUCUUUGCAAUAAAAAAAUUAUUUCCGGCCUA